AUUUGAUUGAUAACUAACAGCCCGCAAAUUAUAUAAAAAGGCAACUAGCGGCAUUCAGUGGAGAUUAAACGCUUUCAAUUGCCCAUUAAGAAGACAGAUACAUUAGAAUACCUCAAGUCAAGAUACGAAAAGAAAAGAAGAUGGUCAAAGCUUUCAUUUUUGCUGUUUGUCUGGCAUUAUUCUGGAGUUCUGGUAAUUUUUUUUAAUUAGUCGAGUUUUUAACAUCUACUAUAGCUUUACGCGUCCGAAUUAGACUUGCAGUGCCAAUCAAAAAAAUACUUAAGACAUAAAAAAUAUAAUUUAAUUGUUAAUAUUAAUGUUUCCGAUAAAACUCGCCUGUUGCAAUAGGUGAUAAAUUAUUGUCUUAGCUGUCGUUGCAUGUCGCAGGCGUAUUCUUUUGGGUAGCCAGUUUUGUUUAAAAAAAACAACAGUAAACUAAUUCAGAUUUAGCUGACCUGAUGAUAGAGCAUCCAAGACCAUGACGAUUGUAACUAGCAAAAAAUACGCGGGCCUUCGCUCGAAAUGUCGAAGUUCGGUCCUUGUAUAGGUCUUCACAUUGUUGCAACAUGACUUAAUAUCUCUCGAACCGCAGCUUUCUUGUUAUCGUCACUAAACCUACACUGGUAUAGACCGUUCGAGUUCAUGUGCGAGUGCAAUUUGUAUUUUUUUUCCAAAUUUUGUGUUCUUUUCCGACACUAUUUUUAGUGGUCGUUCAAUAUUCCGUAAACACGAAUUUUGUCAUAUUACAGGUCGUGCAAGUUUAUUUGGCUUUGCAAAAGAUUUACGCCUGUAUUCUAAAAGCUUACUCACACUCAAAAGUUGUCGUUCAAUCUGAGCUUCCCUUGAGUGAUUCUGUUUUUGAAUAGUUGGAGGGUGAGUAGUCACAUAGUAAGUUACCACACUAACCCUGCAGCUAUUCAAAAACAGCACUGAAAUUCAAGGGAACUCAGAUUGAACCUCCACUCUUUGAGUGCGAAUGCAGCGAGUGAGGCUUUAGAAUACAAGCGUCCCGAGUUCGAUUCUCAGUGAGGAACAUUCUCAAUGUGACAGUCGUGAGUUUUCUCCAGGUGCUCCGGUUUCCUCCCACAGGGAAAUUUGCCAGGCGGGUUAAACUAUAUAGGUCAGGGUGCAGAUCACUAAUGAGGUAUGGACUAAUAACGGCUGCUUAAAGCGCCAUUUGUAAGCUCACGGUCUGCUUCACGUCAGUCCGGUUCUAUCUAUCUAUUCACAAUGUAACCAGUCACUGAAAAACCCAGAUAGGGAGUGUGCAGUAGUUCAAUAUCUGUAUUUGUAAGUUAGCAACAAUCGCGAUAACAGGGCGGCCAAUGGCCAGUGGCGUUCCUGGGCCAUUUCUAUAUAAUUAAUAUAUACAUAUAAUUUUUAUUCAUUCAGCUAAAAGCAAUUGCGCGAAAGAACCGACGACUGUAACGAUUUUGAAAUGCGAUGUUGUAUAAUUUACACAAAUACACAAUGCGGUGAGCCGGUGAAUGCUAUUAAAUCGCGCAUCGAUUAUCGGAUUAUAUAUUAUAUUAUUGUUGACAGAUACAUUACGCAAAUACAGGAUUAGCGCAGCGCGCACUGACGCAAUUUAACCGACAACAGGACAUCAAUGUAAAACCACUAUCGAAUAACGUAUUUCUCAAUAAACAUUAUUCUGUUAGACAUGAUGGAGCAUUUAAUAGCCAGCAGAAAUCUUGAAUUCUUGAUUUACCAACGAAAUACCAGAUAAAAUUGCAGAGUAAUUGCUUCAGUUUUAAUAAAUUUUUUGUUACAUCUCAUUUUAGUAUUUUAACGACGAUGAAUUAACCAGUUUACCGACAAGCCUUCAAUUUUCCGAUUUUACCGACAAACUAAGAGAAAACUGAGGGUGUAACCCCCCCCCACGUCCCCCGCCCGGCACUAGGCUACUGCCAAUGGCACAUCCAUCAAUUUGUUUGUAUAUACUGUAUGGUAUUGUUAUAAACGAGAAAACUGUUACUGGAUAAAACAAGAGAUAAAAGUCGAAUAGUAUCCUCAAUGACAAUGUCGAGUUGAGUUCUGUCAGGAAGUGUCGGAUCGCUUUCUAAUUUCGUUCUAAUAUAUCUGCAUGCUUUGUCAACAGGAAUGGUUGUAAACACUGAAACCAGGACAAAUGAAAUUAUAGACUCGCCGGCCUUCUUCUAUGACAAUGUCGGAAAUUUCGUAGUAGAGUUAUCUACUGAAAAGCUAUUUUGUUUUGAAAUGGAGAAAGGAUUUUUGUAACGAAUUUGGAAGUUUUAUGAAGGUCUAAAUGGGUGACCUACUUUGUGAGAAACAUUAAUUAAUUAAAAUAGAGAAUAAUACAUGCGUGGGAGGAAAUAGCAGAUUUAUUUCUAAAAUCGACUGUUGAACAUGAUAUGAUGAUAUCUGAAGAGUAAGCGCAGCGAACGAGUAAGAUAGAUCUGAUAUUUUCAAGCAUUCGAGAAAUAAAUCUGGUAUUUCGAAUUCCAUGCAAGCAUUCAUGUAUUUUUCUGUUUAUUAUAUAAAUGACAGUCUUUGAAAGGCGAUAUUUUUUUUACAGAAAAGCAAUAAUUGAAAAACGAUAAUUUUCAUGAAGCACUAUACUUUAUAUAAUAAAUAUUCAUAUUCUAGUUUCGAUUUGUAACAUGGCAUAGAAAGUCUGAGAUUUCAUACCACCUACUUAAGUUGAGCGUCCUUUAGAAUAAUUUGUAUACAGCCGUUGAAGGCCAUACCAUAGACUGAUGGCCAAAAGCUCGUAGAAAUAAUUAUGAAUCAGAGAACGAUUAAUAAAUAAGUGUUGUUGUUAUAUAGCUAGUGUGAACACCAAGCGUGAUUGGCUGAUUUGUAGUCACGUGACUUUAGAUAAAUGCAAUGUAUCCCGGGCAAUAAGUGGAAAAAUUGUUGCCCGCCCCGACCGGCUACGUACAUAAAUAAACAAAAUGGCGGCACAAAUUUAUAUUAUUUAAACUACUGUUUUCGUGGCUUUGUGUUAAAAUAAAGAAUGUAAAAGAGAAGGAAAAUACAUAACAGGCAACAGGAUAUGCUGCUGACACCAUUUAAGUAGGUUUUUUAAAUUUUAAACUCAUUUACGCUAUAGAGUUUUUGUCAUGAAAUACAAAUAUUGUUGUAUGAAUGUUGUUCAAUGUUGAUAUUUGUUUCGUCGCUGUAUAACAAAACACUUAACGUCUUUUCCCUCGGGAAAUAGUUAGUUUUGUUUUCCCUCGAAAACAUUGAGAUUCUCGGGAAAACAAAACUAACUAUUUCCCUCAGGUGCAGACAUUAAGUUUAUAAUAUUUUUGCGGGUUUAAUAUUGUUUCUAAAACUUUCACCUUUGUAGUUCAUAAUUUAUUUCCUAUUUUUAUUUAUCAAGGAUAUAUACAAAUUAAAGGUUAAUUUAUUUAAAUUUGCAACGUUUCGGACAUUUUUGUCGCCUGAAGACGGACAUUUAAAAUAUCCGAAACGUUGCAAAUUUAAAUAAAUUGACCUUUUGUACAUAUCCUUCAGAAAUAAAAAUAAGCGGAAAUAAACUGAUUAUUUUUGGUUUGAAUUUCACAUUUUAUUGCUUACCAGACGACAUUUUCAGAUGCAUUAUAUUGCUCUCUUUUCCUUUGUACUGAAAUAACAGUAAUUAAUUUUUAGUGUUGGUGGCCCCACUAAUAGAGCCGCAAAUUUGUCUUUCGAAGGCUUCGUUCACGUGUUGUCUUUGUUUUUAAAUCACAGUGAGCCCCGUGGAAACACAUACAGUACAUCAGUGUUCCACAGAAACUCCACGCGCAGUUUUCAUGCUCAUGCUCACAUAAUUCUGUCAUCUUCGUGAAAAACUUUGUACGUUAUUAUAUUUGUUAAAGAUCAAAUUGGGCAAUGACAUUCUUAUAUUUUACCAGACGCUAAUGUGGAUGAGUCAAUGCAGAUAAGAAUCUUCAAUCCAGACUUCAGUGGAAUGUCUGCGCAACAACUUGAAGCUAUGAUUGAAAAGGCUGAUCUACCAAGCUUGGGCUACAGAAAAAUCACAGAGACAAAAACUGAAACCGAUUUUGAAACUGGUUAGUUGAUCUUAAUACUGUUUCGAAACUUCGUUCAUCGAAGCCAGGAGUUCUUUCUCAACAAAAUCUUUUAAUAAAAAUUACCGACAUUCCUUCCUUGUUUUUAAAGUUGGCGAAGAACUGACAUGAGGUUUUUAUCGAAAUAUAUUUCGUGAGCCAUUUUUAGCACAUAUUUUUUGACGUAUAAAGAACUAUUUAUUCCGAUAUAAUUUAUAUCGUUGGUAAGUGUCUGUUGCAUAUGUAAGUGCGUUAAAGGACAAAAGACAAGGAAGGGAUGUCAGUAAUUAAAAUAUUCCCCGAGCCGGCGGCGCGAAGCGCCGUGCGAGGGUACUAAUUCCCCCCGGCUAUUUACACCCGGGGAAACGAAAGCAUUAGCGGAGUCUAAAGUUCAUCAAAUAUCGCGGGCGUCGGUCACCAACGAUGGGUGGUCAUCCUCACUGAUCUCAAAAAUAUGGCGGACUGUCAUGAAUAACGGACACUGAUUGGUCCAAUUUAAAGUUUGCAUUAUAACGGUUGCAUGACGACAGCGAAAUAGCAAACAUUUCUUGAUUUGAUGAGUCGAUGAUUGAUAAAUUUCUUGCAAAUAUUCUUCAUUUUUGCUGGUAUUUCUGCAAGAUUUUGUAAAUUUCAAGAAAGAAAGGGCGAAAGAAUCAGCUAAAAGAAGGGAGCCGACGUUAACGAAGGUAAGUUUGUUUUAAAUAUUGAUUUUAUAAUGGCUUUAAAACCCGACGGCCUUUGCGUAUAUGAAACAACUAAACAAGACGGCAUAUAAUUUUAGUGUAUCUUUAAUACUGAUUCCCUUUUUUAUUAUAUUGAAUUUUUUGAAUAAAAAAUAAAGCAAAGUUGAUUUGCAAGCGAGAAUUUGAAAUCAUUUUAUUGCAAACUGAAAGUUUAUCGAUAAAGCCAUUUAAUAGUUAAAGGCAGUUUAGUUUUAUAAAGAACACUUUAAAACGUUUUGUGAAUUGUUUGUGGUUGAAUUUUACCUUAAAUUGAAGCUUGUAUUAUGUAUAAUUACAUACCUAACAUAAAUAUGUUGGGAAAUUGAUAAUUUUGUAAUUAAAAGUGAUAUUUUUAGGCGAUUUUCAUUUGUAAGAAUAUUCUUAAAAAAUUAUCGUGUUACCAUGACAACUACUUUAGAUACUUCAUGUUCGGAAAAUACAAUGGUUUUGUCAGCAAGGCGAGGGUUUCUGCAUGCAUGUAUUUUCUAGUUAAUUAUUUAAUAGAUAACUACUGGCUAGUUAGUUAGUUAGUUAGUUAGUUAGUUAGUUAGUUAGUUAGUUAGUUAGUUAGUUAGUUAGUUAGUUAGUUAGUUAGUUAGUUAGUACAAUAUACACAGUGAACAGAAUACGCUUCCAGAAGAUCCUAUAAUGAACUCCUCCCUUGUACUAUACAGUAUAAUACUGACAAUGGACACAAUGCCAGAAUUGCUUUCAUUAAACAACUAUAUUUUGUUAGUUAGUUAGUUAGUUAGUUAGUUAGUUAGUUAGUUAGUUAGUUAGUUAGUUAGUUAGUACAAUAUACACAGUGAACAGAAUACGCUUCCAGAAGAUCCUAUAAUGAACUCCUCCCUUGUACUAUACAGUAUAAUACUGACAAUGGACACAAUGCCAGAAUUGCUUUCAUUAAACAACUAUAUUUUGAGAAUAAGGUUUCACCAGAAUCUAAUAGACUGUAUAUUGUCUAUUUCCCUUUAGCCCCAUUGCUCUAGAUUCCAUGUUGCUGGUUUUAGCAUGCCAAGCGCACACGAAGAUUAGAUAUAUCCCGUGGACAAAUAUGUUUCUCUUUGAUCUUAGGCUCAAUAACAAGUCUACCCUUAAUCUAUUGUGCAUGAAACAUAAGGAAAUAACGACAUACGAGACCAUUUGGGCAUGAGUGCUAAAUAACACUACAGAUUAUUGUCUCCAUUUUGAUUACAUAGGUUUACCAGUGAAGAAAGAGGCAGUGAGAUUCUUAAAGAAAAUGCCUUGUAGUAAGGUUGCUGAAGCUGAAGAAAUGCUGAAUAGUCUCUUUCCUGAAGCUCUUGGCGAUGACGUUUCCGCAAGAACCAAAUCUGAAAUUCAAAACCGAAAUCUUGAGAAGAGCCCAAGCUGUUUUUCUGGCAUUGAGUUCCACCUCAAAAGUUGUGAAAAUCGCAGAGCAAGACGUGGAGCAGCUGGACCGAAGGGAUCAAAGGGGUCGAGUGGUUGUGGUGUUUGUAUAGGUUUAUGUAUUGCUAUUAUGGCUCAGUGAUCCAGGAAUGCCGUGGCGUCCUGGACAUAACUAAGUAUAUAAACAACUUUAGACUGCAGAAAUUAGCAAAGCAAAUUAUUUUCGUUUAAUAUGAAAUACUGUAUAGAUUUGUUAUUUUCAUUAAUUUUUAAACAUAGAUUUGUUAAUCCCAUUAAAUAUUAAAUAAUUUUACCGAUUUGUUAUCAUUGCUUGCGUGCAGUCCAGCGACACAGUGGCGUAGCCAGCCCAUCGAUUUAGUCCCGCUAUGCAAAUUUCAACUCAUCAUUAUUCGUUUCUUUUGAAAUUUAUUGUGUUCAUAUACUGUAGUUUAUAAACAUGGCGAUUUUGCAUAGCAGGACAAUAGAUCGCUGGGCCUGCAAUACGACGCGUGGUCGUGUUAUUACUAUACAGGGUGUAUAAAAAAAGCGCAACCUCGGAAUUUCCCAAGAAAUCGACAUUGUUUUAAAGACAAAAGAUUUUAGGCGCCUGGGAAUUUAAAAUAGCAUAACUGUCAAAAUUACUGCACACGCGAGUGCAUAAAGCAAAAUUUAUGCAUUUAUUCAAUGCACAACAACAGUAAUAUGAUCUAUUAGCAAUUCGAUUUCAAUUCCCAGGGGCCUAAAAUCUUUCAUGCUUAAGAAUUGCAAAGUGAUUUCUUAGGAAAUUCCGAGGUUGCGUUUUUUAUAUACACCCUGUAUAUAUUAGUCCAUUUUUCAGGCUAUGGGAUCCAGGAUUUUUUGGUUCCGACUUUUUGAGUCGUGGUUCAAACACCUGUCAUCAUGUUGUAUACAUUAAUUGAGGUAAUUUGCAUAUCACGGAAUGCUGUAUUUUACUGACGGCAGUCGGUCACUCUUCUGUCGCUCAAAUUUUAAAGAAAAUAGUGCUGUAGACUCAGAUUGUAUCUAGCCUCAGUUAAUAUUGAAUAAACCUACAGAAUCAUGUAGAUUAUUUCCGACAUAAGCGAAUAUCUUCCAGCAGGUACGUAAAGGUGAGAAUAAAUAUAGUUUAGACUUUAGUCUCAAUUGGUGUGUGUUUAUGUUAACACUCGAUUCAGUAAAUCUAGUACUAGAAAAUACAUGCAUGCAGAAACCCUCGCCUUGCUGACAAAACAGUUGUAUUUUCCGAACAUGAAGUAUCUAAAGUCGUUGUCAUGGUCACACGAUAAUUUUUUAAGAAUAUUCUUACAAAUGAAAAUCGCCUAAAAAUAUCACUUUUAGGGCCUGUUCAUAUGAUCCCGCUUACCGGGACGUCUCGCUUACCGAGACAAAUAUUUCCGUGCGUUCAUAUGGAGUAUUUCGUCCCGCUUGCAGAGAUGAAAUUACAUUGUAGUUCUAUAAUUAGCGUAUGCAAAACGUCUACAUUUCAGUCAAGCAACACAAAUACUUGGCGAUUUUCACUGUUUUUCUUCGUUUAUUUACAAGAAAAAGUAUUGCUUCAGGUGGUUAUUUAAUACUUGUUUACAAAACAAACAUAAAACCAAGUAAAAAGUGUUAAAUUAAACCGGCAAGACUUGUUUCACUUCAUCCCGGUAAGCGGGCUGGCGUGUUCAUAUGGAAAAUUUUCAUCCCGCCUACCUGUGAUCUCGGCAAAUUCAAACGAGAUCUCGGCAAGCGGGCCAGCUCGCUUUCUCAUAUGAACACAAUGCAAAAUUUUAUAGGAAAAUAGAUAGGCGGCGAGAUCAUCGGUAAGCGAGACGUCCCGGUAAGCGGGAUCAUAUGAACAGGCCCUUAAUUACAAAAUUAUCAAUUUCCCAACAUAUAUAUGUUAGAUAUGUAAUUAUACGUAAUACAAGCUUCAAUUUAAGGUAAAAUUCAAC